AUGAUUGCAGCGUGGUUAAUAGCAGGUUUCCAUCUACCGGUUUUUAUGGAUAUACGAAACGGCGUUUGUGGUCUUUAUGACUUCUACAAAUUGUUUUAUGCAAUUUAUCAAAUUGUUCUAGUUGGUAUUUUACCACCAUUAUUAAUGAGUAGCUUUGGCUUCCUUACCAUUCACAGUCUUCAUCAAAGGCAUGGUGAUCAAACACAUGUUAGAAGAAAAGAUCGUGAUCUAAUGCGAAUGCUAAUUGCAGAAAUCAUCGUAAACAUCUUUACAUCAAUUCCAUAUUCAGCAAAUCUUGUGUAUGGAGCAGCAACAUAUUAUGUUGUUGAUAAAAGUAUUCAACGACUUGAAAUUGAAUCAUUCAUUACUUUCUUCUCUCAAUUUCUUAUUCAUACACUUAGUGUUGCUCCAUUUUAUCUAUUUAUAAUAGCAUCGAAAUCAUUUCGACACGAAUUGAUUUCUACAAUGGUCAAGUGGUGGUAUAAAUAUAUUCUACGACAAGAACACUUGAAUACAUUAAAAAAUGAAUUAUUUCAAUUUCUAAAUCGACAAGAACAAACAAUAAAUAAUCAAAUAAUUCGUAUAUCAAAUGAAGAAGAAUGUUUGUUAUGUUUAUCAAAGCUUGCAACACUUAUUCUUGAACGAUUGUUUGAUGGUGAUUUAAAUGAUACAAAAACAGAAUUUUUUUACCAUUAA